CUUAGGUCCCUCUGUCCGUUUCCUCGAGGAUUUUCUUGCACAGUACUUCCGGGGUCAGUGUUUACAAGCAUGUGGAAUUAAGUUAAUGCACUUACAGCUGUUUUUUUGUGGUGUUUAGAUUCAUUGCAUUAACUGGUAAGAAAUAUUUUUUUUAUAAUGGACGAUUCGGAUACCACCCAGGCUGAAGUCUUCAUUGAACUCAGGAAAAGACUUCAGAGUGGACGUUUAGUUUUAAGUAGUGGCUUUGCUGAAGAUCCUUCUGAGGUGGACAUUUCAACAGGAUCAUCAUAUGUACGAAUUAAGGGAGCUAAAAGUUGCUGUAACAUAGAUCUACCAAAAGGGGUCAGCAUUACCCCUCCGUCCUGCAGAGAAAUGCAGAGGGUUUCAGGGGAUGGUUUACACAUUAGAUUGCAGCUUCAGAAUGAUAAUGACAUGGAAGUUCUCCCCACUUUGAUUGAGAGUUUGAAAGCUCAGAAGAGUUAUUUGUUUGCCUGCCAGUCCUGCAGGGAAACCAUCCUAAUGGAAAGGGUGUUCCGCAGAGUGCUUCCUCUACCAAAUGGAAACUGGAACGCACUUGUUGAUGAUUGGUGCUGCCACCCAGAUCCCUUUGCCAACAGGAAGCUGCUCCCGAGGAAGGAUGACUGUUUACUGGGGGACACCUUUGUUCUGGUGAACUGGGGUAGUGGCCCUAAUGAGGCACUGAUACUAGAACCAGAGACUGCUGACACUGAUGUCAGCAAGGAAAAUGGUAGCAAAGAUUUAAUGCAGAAACCAAACAAAAAUGUCAGAGUGAUUUGUAAGUGUUGCAGGGCAAUGCUUGGAGAAGUAAUUUCAUCAGAUACUCUAAAGCUAUAUAUAACUGAGGUGACUGUGAAAUCUCCCAUUGAGGACUCUGAAAACACCAAUUUGCUAAAUAGGUCUCUGUUUGUGGAAAAUGUAAUAGCCUGCCGAAUAGUGGAAGUCUCCUCCUCCCAGAGCACAUUUCGCUUCUUGGUUCAAGGUCAUGAUGGAAAAGCAUACAUUUUGCUGUGGCUUUUAAAUGCUGACACUCUCCUCGUGUCUUCAAAGACCUCUGUCAGUGGUAGUGCCUUCAUCCCGUCUGAAGACAUUUCCUACAAUGAACAUAAAUCAUACUGUGCCAGCAAUGUCGUUAAAGUUCUGUACCUUCCUUGCGUAACAAGCAACCACAAAGAUAUUGUUGAUGCCUGGGAGAAGGAUAUUGGGGUGCAUUCUUUACCGCUUCCAGUAACAACGUGCCAGGAGUUGUUGCUUUUACUCUCUGCAAGCACUGGGUCUCUGCCACCUUCAAUGCGGACCAUGAAUACAUUCCAGGUAGCAUUUAUGAAGCUUGCAAGCAACUGAGGUAACAUUUGUGAAAAAUACCCUCCUGGGAAUUGCCAGUUGGACCAAACUGACACCAGGCUGCAAGCUGUGAAACAUCUUCCAACAAUAAAUUGCAAGUGCUGGGGAGAAAGUGUUCAUUUUUUGUAAUUUACUGAGCUGACAGAUAUUCAUUACACAGUGAUUCCAGGCCUAGUUAAUUUAUUAUUAUUUUUUUGUGUGUGUGUAUUAAAGAACAGAACAUGUGGAGUACAAUAAAUAUUUUGGUAGCCCUGCUGAUGCUUGCAAUGGAUUUUGUUUUAAUAAAUUACAAUCUUGGUCUCCAUUUAA